CGUGCAUCAAUCUCGAUGUGUGGUGAACCUCAGUCUGCGGGAAUCCCGCGCUGAGAGUCGACGGUUUAAAAUAAUUUGUUUUUAAUAUAAAUUGGCAGUAUUUUGCUAAAACUUGUAUAUACCAGUGGUAGCAGUAAGAAAGAAGAAAAAUUUAGGUUUAAUCUAAACUAUUUUAUUUAUUAAAAAGGCCUAAAAAUGGGCAUUAAAAAUAUUUCGGUGCUAUUUAUAUUAGCAACAUUGUCCUGGGCUUUGAAUUGUCAAAACGUAUCAGACGUUAUUUACUUUCCAGAUUCUGGAAAUAGUAAAGUAGUGAUGUGUUUUAUGACCACUUGGUCUAUAUAUCGCUCAGAAGACGCCAAAUUCAAGAUAUCUGAUAUUGACACAUCACUAUGUACUCACGUCGUGUAUGCGUUCUCUGGUUAUGAUGACAAUAGGUAUACAGUCAAGAGUCUUGAUCCCGGUCUCGACAGAGAUGGUAAAUAUGAGAACGCAGGCUACAAAGCCAUGGCAGCUUUAAAGGAACAAAAUCCUAACUUGAAAGUGCUUCUCUCCAUCGGAGGAUGGAACGAAGGCUCCUUGAAAUUCUCUAACUUGGCGUCGUCUGCUACCGCCAGAAAAACAUUUAUCAAAAGUGUACUUGAAUUUCUUAAUACCUAUGGAUUCGAUGGUAUAGACAUGCAUUGGAAGUUUCCUACGCAGAGAGACGGCCGACCAGAUGACAAAGAUAAUUGUGUUACGUUAAUGAAAGAAAUAAAAGAAGCGUUUACACCAGCCAGAUACAUUCUGGCAAUGUCGCUCGGUGCACAGUACUACGUGAUGGAAGCCGCUUAUUCUUUGCCCAAGCUAAAUGACUACGUGGAUUAUUUUAUCACACUGGCAUAUGAUUACCAUGGCGUGUGGGAUGGAGUAGUUAACGCUAACGCCCCCCUCAAUAGUUUGAAUAAAGACGAUGUCUUUAGUGUUGAAAACACACUAAGAUACCUGAUGUACCAAGGAGUCAGUCCGUGGAAAGUGUUAUUAGGGUUGCCUCUCUUCGGUCGCACAUUCAUCCUAGAGAAUGCUGAUACUGACGUGAUUGAAUUUGGUAGCACGCCUGUAAAAAGCGAAGGAUUUGAUGGACCUUAUACAAGAGAACGUGGUUUUAUAGGUUAUAAUGAGAUCUGUAUGGAGCUUAAAAAGAACGAUUAUAACUGGACUCGUCUUUGGCACGAAAAAACAGCGACACCGUAUCUACGCAAUGGAGAAAAGGUCAUCACCUACGAUAAUGCGAGAUCUCUAGCUGCUAAAGUAAAAAAAGCAAUGGAAUUCAACCUUGGAGGUGUGAUGGUUUACUCCAUAGAUACUGACGACUUCAAGGGUUUGUGUGACAGAGAGCCUGACUACGUUUCACUAUCGUUUAAAGGAUUACACAAUUUCGUAGAAAAGUUCAAUCGUAUCGCCAGUAAUCCUGUACUACAAAAAGUACUCAAGAAUCUUAAUCUACCCGACGCGCAAAAGCUGAGCAGUUUGAGCAAAUCUACAGAGAUCGCGCACAAGAACCAUCUCUGGACAACGGAGUCGAGUCCGAAUUAUCCACUACUUCGUGCUAUAGUCGACUCAUUAACUCUUGCCACUGAAGAGAAGAUCGUGAUGACAGAUAUGGUCACUCUUAUUAACGAGAAACCACCAAAACAAAAACCUGGCAAUAUUGGGGUUACAACUAACAGUCUAUUCACAGUUGUCUGUUAUUUCUGCUUCAUUUAAAUGUAACUGUAAUUUACAGUUUAAUCCAAAUAGUAAUAGAAGAAUAUCAAUAGAAUAUUAUGAAAACUCUUGCGAAAGUACGAGUACAGUCACGUUCGUUGGCAGUAUUCCAACUAUCAAGUGUUUGAAUACUUUAAAACAAAGAAUGUUUUAAGUUCGUCUACAGGUAAUUGGCAAUUUUUCUUUAAUUUGAAUACCGCAAACGAACGACGUUGUACAUUAUGACUGUAACGGCAACAACAUGCCAUUUUAUAUAUUAUAGUUUAAUUUUUUAACUUUAAUAAUAUUUGUAUUUAUGAUCACAAUAUCAAUUGCCUAUACGUCGUUAAAUAAAUAAACAAUUUAAAACCCGUA